ACCAAAUCAGCAAAACAGUCCUCUGGUUUUCGUUCACAGCCGGUUAGAAAGGUUUAUCACACUCACACAACCUCCGAUUUUCUCUGAAUCCAAGACACACUCCAAUUGAUACGAAUGGCAUCUAACAGGGGUCAAGGUGGAAUUCAACAGUUGCUGGUGGCUGAACAAGAUGCCCAAAGGAUUGUCAAUGCUGCAAAAAAUGAAAAAUUGGCUAGACUGAAGCAGGCCAAAGAAGAGGCUGAAAAGGAAAUUGCUGAGUACAGAGCUCAGUUGGAGUACGAGUUUCAAAAGAAAGUGUCAGAGAGUAGUGGAGAUUCUGGUGCUAAUGUGAAGAGACUUGAGCUAGAUACUGGAGCAAAGAUCCAUCACCUGAAAACUGAGGCAGGGAGGAUAUCAGGGGACGUUGUCACCAUGCUCCUCAAGUAUGUAACUAGUGUGCAUAAUUAAAUAUUGGUGCUGGGAACUCUCAAGUUAUGCAGAAUAAUAUAUUUCAUUUAUCUUGUGUUUAUUAUUGGUCUAGACUGUGGUGGAGAUAGAGUAUUGCCUUUUUGCUAUGAUAUGUGGUGUCUCGUUGCCAUGUAAAAUUAAUUUUCAGUUUGUUAAAAUAAGCGGUUAAGAAUUCAUAGACAUGUUUUAUGUAUCACAUUUUACCAGAGGUCCGAGGAUCACUUUGUCAGUUUAUAUUGAGUAAAGCUGGAACCACUGAUUUAUUCUUUUGUAAA